AUGUCGAGCUCCAGAUCGACUUCGCCAUUUGACAAGCUGUCGUACGGCACCAGCACCAGCUCGCUACGCCGACUGCUCCCUGCAUCGAACGAUGAAGCAGCGAGUGAGGCUUCGGUGAAUCUCGAAACCAGCCCGACCCCGGGGUCCUCGGCCGCGGGGACUGGGCAGGCUGCUCCGCGGAGAAGGAGGCAAGCUACCACGGCUGCGUGUCGGGCCUGUCGAAAGAGAAAGUCAAAGUGUGAUGGUGCACGCCCAACAUGUUCAGUAUGUCGUGACCGGAAAACAAAGUGCGAGUUUGAUACGAUUGCCGCGACCGAGACCCAUACCCAAGCCCUGAAGCGCAAGUACACCGAGCUUCUGCAACAAAAGAGCACAUUCGAACAGAUCUAUGAGGUCCUUCGGUCCAGACCGGAAAAGGAAGCCGAAGAAAUCUUCCAGCGGAUACGGAGGGGCGCAGAGGCCAGCUCCAUACUAAGGCAUGUCAACUAUGGCGACGUGCUUGUGCAGAUGGCCCUCGUGCCGGAAACGCGGUUUCGAUACGAGUUUCCCUACCUGCCGGAUAUGCCCAUCUACCUUCAAAGACACGACAACCCAUACCUCGACUCGGAGGUCUUUGACUGUGCUUUGCGGGGGGCUGUCGAGCAACCGCAACCACAGCAGCAACGGGCCUUGCCUAGCGUGAACGACAUGUUGGGUUCUCCCCGUGACGCCUUGGACCAGCGGGAUCCAUACCUGAAGCCGUAUUCCUCUGCCAUUGUGGUGGACCCGUGGCUGGACUCGCUCACGCCGUCAAACUGGACGUUGGUGAGCAGUGAUGACAAUUUCAUGCGUCAGGUUAUUCACGAUUAUUUUCUGUACGACUAUGAUUGGUUUACUUUUUUCCACAAGGACUACUUUCUGCAGGAUAUGGCGAGUGACCGACCACGGCACUGCUCAAGGUUAUUGGUCAAUGCCGUCCUGUGCAUAGGAUGUUAUUGUCAUCGAAAACUGCCAGGUCGCUCCGAGUCAUGGAACCCCCAAAACAUCGGGAACCAGUUUCUCGCCGAGGCCAAGAGGCUCUUUGAGGUUGAAGCCGAGGUGCCAAGACCGUCUAUGCUUGAUCCAGAAUGGCAGCAAAAGUAUCACGACUGGGAGUGCCGCAGGCUAACCACCGUUCAGGCGGCGCUCCUGCUCAAUGUCAUCUACAACCUGAAUGGCUCUGACAGGCUAGGAUGGCGGUAUACGAUCCGGGCCGUGGAAAUGGCACACGAAAUACGGCUCUUCCAAGCGGUUCCGUCUCAUGUCAGCAGCGACAUUCGGUGCGCCAGGGAGUUCACAGCGUGGUGUCUGUUCACCUGGCAAAGUCUCAACUCCUAUCAUUACCUCAAGCCACCCUUGAUGGCCCGGCCGCCGGAAACAUCUUUGCCAGAUCCGUCCGAGAACCCCCAGUGGUGGGGAGAGCUGUGGAUACGAUAUCCCCAAACGCCAGCUCGUCUACCCACUCACCACGGCCACCUCGCCAAGGCCAGAGCAGACUUUUGGACCAUCAUGAACGAUUUUUCGCUGUUAAGCUUCUCGCAACCUCACGUCAAGAUGCCGCUUGAUCAGGUUGUGGGGUUCUACAAUCGACUCCGCGGAUGGCUACGGAAUCUACCUGAGCCAUUGACACCCAAACGGCUUGUGCUACCGCAUCACCUAAAGGUUCACAUGCAUUACAACUGCGUCCUGAUCGACCUGCUGAAACCACUGCUCGGUCUGAACUGGAGCGACACCACCCAGCCAAACAAGACACUUGACGACGCGCACCACGAAGCGGCUAUUCACCUCGAGACGUUGCUCCGGCUGUACUACCUCCGGCACGGCUUCGAGGCCUUUGACGGUUUUUUGCUGCACUUUCUCGGUAGUUUGAACUUUAUCAAGAUCAACACGAGGGAGGCGCAGGAUAAUUCCUUGUUUCUCGAGUCGCACCGCUCGACGAUGCUGCUGCUUAUGAAGGGGAUUAGGGACCAGAGCCAGUGUCAUACGGUGGCGAAGAUGGUGCUACGGCUGCAGGCGCAUCUGAUGAGGUCGGAUGAUGUGGCUUUGCUGAAGAGGUUUGUGGAUAUUGAGACGGCUAGGUUGGCGUGUGGGCCGGAGAGUCCGAGGUUGGUGGAGGAGGAGGUGAUUUUGAGUGACUGGCCGGCGUACGAGAUUGGGUUGGAGGCGAAGGCGGAGCAGAAGAGUAGGGGGGUGGAUUUUGCGAGUAUGGUCAGUUCGGUGACGGCGGAGGGGGGGGGUGGUGGGUAUGGGGAGAGUACGAGUGGGAGUAGGUCUUCUGCUUCUUCGGGGUAG